CAGCGGAUGUUUUCCACUCGGAGCACUUCCGGGAAGCGCGGCUAACGUUAACGGUUCAGACAAAUUGCAACGUCUAAUUAUGACAGCGUCAUUUAACUGAACGAGCUGUCUAAAAAUGAAGGUAUUCGUGUUGAUAGCCUUAGUGGCUCCUUGUUUGAUUAAUGGUGCUGUCAAGUCCAGAGUUACUGCACAGCAGAACUACGAAGAACACCCGGAGUUCGAACCUCUGAACUCCAUGCUCUCGGAUUAUGAGGUUCUGCCAUUGUCAGGCAUUCAGUUGCACUCGGUAAGAAAAAGGGACGUCCACACCCAUUCGCACCUGGAGCGUCUGGUCAGCUUCAGAGCUCUGCACAGAAAUUUCAAGCUUUACUUGACCACGAACACAGACCUUUUUUCUGACAACUUCAAGGCUGUGUUUGUUGAUGAACACGGGAGGGAAGAAAACUAUGACGUUCAGCUUCAAAACUACUUCACUGGACAUGUUGUUGGGGAGGAGAAUUCACGUGUCCAGGCACACAUAGAUGGAGAUGAGUUUUCUGCUCACAUUCUAACCGAUCAAGCAGAAUAUAACGUAGAGCCUCUGUGGAGGUUUAUGGACUCUCCGACUGACGGCAGGUUGCUGGUCUAUCGAUCAGAUGACAUAAAGAACCUGAGCCGCAUCGCAUCUCCAAGAGUGUGCGGUUAUGUCCAGGCAGAGGACAUUCUUCCGCAUGCUGCCGUGAGGGAGUGGCAUGAAAAUGAGUACCAUCACAGAGAGAAGAGACAGGCUCUUGAUCCCAAGAAGAAUACUUGCCCAUUGCUGCUGGUUGCAGAUUACAGAUUCUUCCAAAGCAUGGGACGUGGACAAGAGAGCAUCACUCUCAAUUACCUGAUUGAGUUGAUUGAUCGAGUUGAUGACAUUUAUAGGAACACGAGUUGGACUGAUGAAUUAAAAGGCUACGGUGUCCAGAUUCGUCAGAUCAUCAUCAACAAGGAGCCUACGAAGCCAACCCCAGAGCAAGCGCAAAGUGGCUGGGCCCAUUAUAACAUGGAGAACAGCCCUAUAAAAGGAAAGGAAAUCUGGGAUGUGAAGAAACUUUUGGAGCAAUUCAGCUCCGACAUCGCUGACAAUGCCUCCACUGUAUGUCUGGCCCACCUGUUCACCUACCAGGAUUUUGAUGAGGGCACUCUGGGGCUGGCCUAUGUGGCCCCCUCCAAACCUAAUGCCCUGGGUGGCCUUUGCCCUCGACCUUACUAUCCAUCUCAGUCUUCCAAGAAGCCCAGUUAUCUCAACACAGGCUUGACCAGCACCAAAAAUUAUGGCAAAACCAUCCUCACUAAGGAGGCAGAUUUAGUGACCACCCAUGAGCUGGGUCAUAACUUUGGUGCAGAGCAUGAUCCUGACAAUAUCCCUCAUUGUGCUCCCAGCGAUGACCAAGGAGGAAAGUUUGUUAUGUACCCUAUUGCUGUGAGUGGAGACCACGUCAACAACAAGCGUUUCUCUAGCUGCAGCAAAACCUCCAUAGAAAAGACGUUGCGUCAAAAGGCUCCUACGUGCUUCAAGGAGAGAAACAGCAAGGUAUGUGGGAACUCCAGAGUGGAGGAGGGGGAGGAGUGCGACCCUGGGCUACUCCACCUCAAUGACGACAUGUGCUGCUCUUCUGACUGCAAAUUGAAAAAGGGUUCACAGUGCAGUGACAGAAACAGUCCUUGUUGUAAAUUCUGCAAGUUUGAGCUUGCAGGAACAAGAUGCCAGGAGCCCAUCAGUGCCACCUGUAAAGGCACAUCUUUCUGCACAGGAAACAGCAGCAAAUGUCCAGCUCCUGAAAACGCAGCUGACGAUACUGUGUGUGUCGAUAACGGCCGCUGUCGCAAAGGGGAGUGCCACCCUUUCUGCGAGGCCAUGCAGCACCGUCAGUCUUGUGCCUGCAACGAGACUGAGAACUCCUGUAAAGUUUGCUGCAGAGGUAACGAUGGCAAAUGCUCUCCUUUCAUUCAGACCAAUGGCAGUUUCCUUUAUCUUCGCAAAGGAAAACCCUGCACUGUGGGCUUUUGUGUCGAGAACGGAAAAUGCAUGAAGCAGGUCCAGGAUGUCAUCGAGAGGUUGUGGGAUUUUAUCGACAAGCUGGACAUAAACACGUUUGGGAAGUUCCUGGCUGAUAACAUAGUGGGCUCGGUCUUGGUGUUUUCGCUCGUCUUCUGGAUUCCUCUAAGUAUCUUGGUUCAUUGUGUGGACAAACGACUCGACCAACAGUAUGAAGAGAACACAAAGUCCAUCUACUACCCUCCAAGUAUGGUGGAGGUUUGUAGUAGAGCUCCCGCCAUAGAGUCAGGAAAUCCUGAACAACCUCGAGUCAGCAUCCGUGCGCAUCGUCAAGCCUCCUCAGCCUCCCUCCUCCUCCGGCGGCCGGACCGCGCCCUCCUCUCUGCCCCUGCAGCAUCAGCAGCCGAGCCAGGCCGGGGCCCCUCCCGUGGCCAGCAGCAGUAUCCCGGCCCCAGGUCCGAGCUACGCCCUCACCCCGGACAGCGCAGGGGGGCUGCGGAUGGCCACCAUACAGGAGGACCCCAGCAACGACUCUCACCAGGCAGAGGACGGCCUGUCGGACGAUUUCACAACCGCAGGAGCCUGCUCGUCGGUUACGAAAUCCUCCUACGAGGAUCUGACCGAAAAGAACAAGCCAACCAGGGACCGGCGGCGCCUCAAGAGGCAGGAGGGCGUGGACAGUAAAGAAACAGAGUGCUGAGAGUCACCUGCCAGUACACCAACAUACCACAUGAAAUAUUCUGUUGAACAUCCACAAUAACACAAACAGAAUAAAAAGGUAUGUUGUAGCCUUUCAGGCGACACUGGGUGCUCAGAUAAUGUCUGUGGUAAUAAAUGUACCCUGGCACAUUUCCCCAAACACGACCAAGUAACUGAAUGUGAUUCUGUAUUGAUCACAAUCUUUAUCUAACUUUUUACACCUCGCCCAAUAAAACAUUUUAGCUUCGGAAAUAAACAAAAAAUCAGCAUAUUCCUGCCUCCGAAUAAGGUCAAAAUUCUGUUUAUAAAGCAAUAGAAAUUCACAGGUUUGCUUUGUAAACAUUUUAACAAGUGAACAUUGUUACUAAUGCUGUUGCACCAGUUAUUUUCCCAUUAAAGACGUCUGUGUGAAAUAAUAAGCAACAAUUAACCAAUAAUCUAAACCUCUGUUAUAACUGCACUUAAAAGCAUUUUUCACAUCACUGGAGAAUUUAACUUGUAUUUACUGUCUCGUCAUCUGUUUGUGUUGCAGGAAAGUUUUAAUAGUGUGCAGUAUUACAGGUUUUGUAUGCCUAGCUUUGAGUAGAGACCAUUUUACUGUCCAAGACCUCAGUCCUGAUACUUAAUGUAACAGUGCCUUUUUGAUUUGUGCCUUUGUCAUGAUUCCCUGUAGAUGACCUUGACUCUGGACAGCCCUGGAUUUACUUGUAAAAGAAACUGCCUGUGUUGUUUAUAAAAUCAUAAAUGUCAUUUUGAUGUUUGAUUAUCUGUCUUUGUACAAGUGAGUUAUGCACUUCUUUUAAUGAAUGCUGUCUCACUACUGUCGGCUGCUGUUAUGUUGUAACAUGUAAAACUUGUAAAAUAUGUAUUUAGACAAAACAAAUGACUGUGCAGCAUUAACAUUGCAGGAUAGAUGUGAACUGUGAAGAAGCAGCUGUUCUGUCCCAUAAUCUAGUACAUAUCUGUAUAUUUUUGCUCUGGUGCAUAUAAAUGAGUUUCAUGGUCUUGCUUGCAUUAUGUACACAACUCAAAAUAAAAGUCUUUAUUGUGCAUUUUCAA